AUGUCGGUAUGGGCCGGAAUACGAUCUCAGUUCACGCUUAAACGAGCCCGCUUCCUCGUCUACCUCUACUCGACCUGUUAUGUCAUCAACAAACAUCUCGGAGAACUGAUAAUUUGCCGGGGAAGUUCGAUGAUACCGACUUUCCGAGAUGGCGAUUGGGUGAUUGGAGAGAGAAUAUCCGUGAAGAAGGGGAAGCUGAAGGCCGGGGAUAUUGUUUGUUCGAUGAGUCCGGUUGAGCCGAGGGUUUUGUUGUGCAAAAGAAUUGCUUAUAUGCCCUUGGAUAAGGUGAGUUAAUUGUGAUCAGGAAGGUCUGAGUGGCGAUUGAGAGGGCUGGUAUUGGAUAUGAAGCCAAUAAAAUGACUAUUUUUUAUAUUAUACAAGGCAUAGUAAAACAUUUAAUCGUCGAUUAUUUCAGAUCGAAGUGGAACAAGAAUACGAAGCCCCAUUGAGACGCGUCCCUCCAGGCCAUUGUUUCCUCCUCGGUGAUAACGCCGACCAAUCGCAGGACUCCAGACAUAUUGGGCCGGUUCCUUUGGGAUUGGUCCAGGUCAAAGUGAUGGCCAGAAUAUGGCCACCAAGCAGAUUCGGGUGGAUCCAACACGAAACUGCCACUGUUUAG